CUCUGAACGAGGCCCUAACUGCGGAGGUUCAACGUUUGAAGCUCGUGACUUCAGAGCUGAGUGCAGAAUCUGCCAAGUUUCAGCAGCUUUCAAUUAAUCCCCAGAUGUUCCAGUUGCACCAGCAUCAGGCUUCCCAACUAAACAUACACCAGUUGCAGCAGCAGCAGCAGCAGCAGCAGCAACAGCAACAGCAACAGCAGUCUCAGCCACAGCAACAGAAUGGCAGCACGACGACGCAGCACAAGUCAAACCAAUCAGUUUGA